UCCUCAUUCCAGCAAGUUAUUCCUUUUCGGCACCACCCGUCUCUCUACCACCUAACAUGCCUCCUGACCUUCUCUCCCAUCUCAGCCACGCCAUCGGCGACGCCAUGCGCACCCUCGACACUGAGCGCACAAAGCUUCAGGCGCUUCAGCUUAAGCUUGAGCAGCACGGGACUCAUCCUGGGGUCAGGGAGCAUUCCGGUAAGUCUCGUGUGCUCCUCCUCGUCGGGCGUGAGGAUCCAGUCCGGGUGCGGGCCGUUCUGGCAGUGUUGGAGAAGGGGGAGGCCGGAGGUGUUGCGCUUUUUCUUGACGGGGCCGAAGGUGAUGUGCCGGGGUACGGAGAAUUCGUCGGGAAGGAAUAGUGGGUUGGCGGCGUGGAAGAAGUCCGCCGGAGGUGUUUGGCGCCGCCGAGAGCUGCUGGCCCGCCGGAGGUGCUGGCCAAAGCCCAAAUCGAGACUGCGGCCCCCACCGCCUCGCGGCGCGGAUGGCGUCGGCGUGCCGGAGACUGACUGCGGAGGGUAGAGGAGGCGGCUCUUUCGGCCGUAGACUUGCAU